AUGGACGAAGCUGCGCUGCUGAACGAGGCUAUGCUAGCCUGGUUUCCUCCUUUGGGCACAGUCGAGCUCUCCACGCGUUCGAACUUUACGGAAAGCGAUCUGAGAGACAUCUCUCACUUGUUGUGUCGGAGCGGCAAGGCUUCCUGGAGUCGCAUACCCCGCAUAUAUACAACGCUUCGGCUCAUCGACGAAAUCGACGUUAUUGAUGCAUUUUUAGGGUGUGGAAUCACUGAUCUGUCAUUACCGUUCAACCAGCGAACAUUGCCAGGACAAUUCAAAGACCAAUUAUCACGGGUCCGGUUUCUCGACGUUCAGUCUAGAGUCCUCACAAAAGCGCUUGACUUAGAGAAGGAGAAUAGUAAGCAUCGCCAUUUCUCCAAUCCAGACGAUCUCCCAUUCAAAAAGGUCGCUGAGCUUGGGAAAGGAGGCUAUGGCUUUGUCGACAAGGUUAUCAGUACAAUUAGCUAUCGAGAAUAUGCUCGUAAGCUCAUCCUUAGGGGUCGCACAUUCCGUCAAGAUCGAGAUGUACUACGCGAUUUCGAAAAUGAGCUACAAGUGCUUAAGAAGCUGUCCCACCAGCAUAUCGUCAGACUGAUAGGAAGCUAUACAGACCCACGUUAUGUUGGCAUCCUAAUGGCCCCUGUUGCCGAUUACAACCUCAAAGCUCUACUGAGCACUCAUCCUUUGUCGUCGGAUACUCGUUCACUUGUUCGAACCUUCUACGGGUGCCUUGUCAGUGCUCUUCGUUACCUCCAUGAGAACGAGCUGAGACACAAAGACAUCAAACCUGAGAACGUGCUGAUAAAGUCUCAUGCGGUAUACUUAACUGACUUUGGUACCACUUUAGACUGGUCGGAUUUAGGCCACAGCACUACGACUGGAUUUGCUUCGAAACUCACACCACGUUACGCCGCCCCAGAAGUUGCGACGAACCAGCCCCGAAACACAUCCGCAGAUAUCUGGUCUCUGGGAUGUGUUUUUCUUGAGAUUUGGACAGAACUUUGCGACCACUCAGUAUCAGAGCUUUUGUCGUUCAUGGAAAACCACGGGUCUAAGUCAAGCUCAUACUAUGCCAAUAUCUCCGCUGUAAUGAAGUGGUGUGAUCUCUUAUCGUCUGGAACCAGCAACGACGCCAACGUACCUGGCCCGUGGAUCAGAUCAAUGUUACAAAUCGACGCAUCCGCCCGUCGGAGCAUCCAAUCACUUGCGGAGGAAAUUCAAACUUUGAAUUAUGAAUCCGACAUCGCAGUCAGCUUUUCUGGGCUUUGUUGUAAUGAAGGAUUCAUUGCCACUGAGAGUGUUCUUUCUUCAGAUUAUCAAGCAAGUAUCGUAAAGGCCAAGGAACGCGCAGCAGUCUCAAGUGCGUUUUCCUCAACGGACACUCUUGUAUCGCAUAUCUCACAGAAAGAUCUCUCGAAACGCGAUGGUGCGAGUGUUUGUUCAGCGGUCGAAAAGGCAGAUCGGUGCCUUCAUUCUGGAAAAGUUGAGGGAGAGCAGUCACCACGACGAACCGAGGCUCCUGUCCCGAAACGAUGCAAUGGAUUGUCGAAGAACCAACUAAAUCGGAAAACAAACGAAGACGAACAUAAAGAAAUUGAAACUGCACGUUAUGCAGACUGGUCACCAGACGUUGACGACGAGUACUCAAGGUUGAAAUCCAGAUAUAAGGUACACCAAAGUCAAUCGACACGAUACGCGCCCAGUCUUCAUGAUAUCGAGGUAUCAUCGCCGACUUUUCAUUACUCGUCAGACUCCCUUGAUCGAAGGGUGCAAAGGAGUGAAGAUCCACAUUUUGAUGUAGGAACUCAGCGACACGACACUUUUGCCUCGGAUAGCUCGAGCGAAGCGACCUACGUCUGCGAUACCGAAAAUCUGGUUACUCCACAUUCUCGAGGGCAAAAAUAUGGGAAGACACAUGAGCAGACUGGAAACACCGUACACGCGUCUUUCAUGUUAAAACCUCCACUAGCCAAUUCCGAGCGCACAGUAAACGAGGUGAUACAUCAAUGGCUCGCCAACUUCCAUCCUUCUACGUAUCGCAAAAUGAUGACGAUCGAAGUGUUGGAGCAGCAGAGUGUCUUGAUGUAUCGACUGGGCGAGUCGAGAUAUGAGCCUGAGCUUUCGUCAUUCUACAGAGUCCUUGUGAAUGCAUAUCAGGAACUUAGUAUUUGGGCGAAGAUCAGUCAUGGUCUCUUCGCCUAA